GUGUGUUGCAGUUGUUUUCGUUUUUCUUGCAAUCAACAGUUGGGGUUCUUUAAAAAAAAACCAUCGGGAAAACAAACCGGAUUAUUAAUCGUCUUGAACAUUUUUCUUUGCGUGUGUUAUAUAACUAGUGCGGGGGAGAACGUUCUUCCGGUGCGCGCGAAAUUUGAAAUUCAAGAGAACCAAACCCAACCAGGACGGACAGUGUUUUUUUUUUUUUAGAAGCUUCCGGUUUGUGGCCCCAAGAUCUACGGCGCCCCAUUCAUCCAUACAUCGUUCCGUUGGGGAGCGCGUGAUGGAUCCAGAAACAGACGUCGACGGUGCCAUCAACCUAAGCACUCAUCAGCAGGCCGAGACUCAGCCAAUCCUCAGUGACCAGCAAACGACAUCGUCCCCGACGCUCAACCACAACGCCGUUUCGCAGAAUCGCAAGGAAUCGCUUUCGCCUGAAACCAAGUUAGACGAGGACGGUUCUCCCGUGCGUGAUCCAGCAAAUUUGCCGAUUCUCAGCACCAGCACGGGUUGCAGUAGCAGCAGCGAUAGCAGUGACAGCAGCAAAAGCAGCAGUCCACCGGUGAUCCAUUGGGAACCUUCAUCGCUGCUCGCUCCCAUCCACAAGAAGAGCGAACAAACGAUUACAUCCGACGUCGAUCCAGCUAAUCCAUUAGCACCCACGUCGCUGGCCGGAAAUCAUCCGUUGCUCAUGACGCCACAAGGACUCGCCCUGCAGCAGCACGUCCAGCAAUUGCUGCGUGAUCAGCUCAUCCACCCUCAGUUACAGAGUAUGUUGCUGUACCAGAAACAGCAACAAGAGAAACUGGCCGACCUGGGCCGCAAGCAGCUGGAGACUGUGAUGCAACAGCUCCAGGAGCAGCUGCAGCUUAACUUGAUCCAGCAAUCUCAGUUGAUGCAACAACGAAGCGGAACGGGCGUCAGCGUUACGGAGCGAAGGAAAAGCAACGAACUGGCGCAGACGUUGGCUGGACAACAACAACAGCUCAUGCAACAAUUGCAAUUGACUCAACGUCAUUACCUGAUUGGACUCCAACAGCAGCAAUUGCUCACAUCUCCUCCCGCAUCAGCUGGCGAAGAAGCACCGACAGAUAAAUCGACAUCCGGCUGGAACAGUAAAGAAUCGUCGACGUCAUUGGCCGCCGGUGGAUUGAACGUUCAUGUUGCCGCAUCCGGCCUACCGACCGUUCAGGUCACUGCGUGCGAUUCACCUGCAUCCAUCAGUCCCAUGCGGUCGUCUGCCGAUUCCGGUAAAAUGGUGACCAACGGUCAUCCGCACGGCAGUGGCGUCUAUUCGUCGUCUCACGCGCAUUACCAGCAAACGAGUUCCACUGGUGACAUGAACGACAAUCUGAUAGGUCAUCAUCACAACGGCGGAGUGCAUUCGUUCAACAUUUCCGCAUCGAAUGGAAUGAAAAAUGGCGAUCAGCAGAGAUUCUCGUCUUCUUCAUCUACGCCGCUGUCGUCCUCUUCGUCGUCCUCGCAUCCAUUGUUCCUCUUCGGAGUGUGUCGCUGGCCCGGAUGCGAAUCUCCGUGUGACGACGUUUCCACCUUCUUAGAACAUUUGAACCGUGAGCAUGUGCUGGACGAUCGUUCGACGGCCCAGACCCGAGUUCAGAUGCAGGUGGUGGCCCAGCUGGAACUUCAGCUGCAGAAAGAGCGCGAUCGUCUUCAAUCCAUGAUGGAUCACUUGAAUCGAGCCCGCCAGCAGCAGCAACAAGCUCCGCCACCGAAACAGUCGCCUGUGAAAAGCAAUGGAUCUGCAAUGCGCGGUCAAUCGGGCCCUCCUUCCGGCGAUCCUACCAACGGACUGCAACAACAUCAACAGCAUCACAGAAUGUCACCUUCGUUGGCCGCUUUGGUCUCGGCCACGAUGCGCGGAGUGAUGAAUCCUUCGGCAUCGUCGCAUCCUCACCUGUUGCUUCAUCCGCCGACGCAGUCAAAUCACGCGGCUUCUUCGAUGAGCCAUCAAAACCAAUCGCAAUCGCGCAGAAGACUGUCUGAAAAACCGAAUUCCGCAUCGAAUUCCGGCGCCGUCGAAGAUAUCCGCUUGCGCAAACGGAGCGUUACUGAGCGCUCGGCUAUGGAUAUUUCCGAAGGACUGCCUUAUCUGCUUGAUAGAACCGGUCUGGAUGUUCAUCAAGAGUUGCAGCGCAAUCGUGAGUUCUAUCGCAACACGGACGUCCGCCCACCCUUCACGUACGCCUCUCUCAUCCGCCAGGCAAUUAUUGAAUCUCCGGAGAGACAGUUGACGCUCAACGAGAUCUACACGUGGUUCCAGAACACGUUCUGCUACUUCCGUCACAAUGCCGCUACAUGGAAGAAUGCCAUCCGCACCAAUCUCUCGCUGCACAAAUGCUUCGUUCGAUACGAAGACGACUUUGGCUCGUAUUGGAUGGUUGACGAUGCCGAAUUCGUCCGACGACGUCACUUGGCACGCGGCCGGCCUCGCAAAUUCGAAAUUCCCGCAGCAGCCGCAGCUGCAGCCGCCGCCGCUGUCCAACACCAUCAGCUUCAGCUAAAUCUAAAUCGUCCGCCUUCCCCACAUCCGCUGCAACCACCUACACCGUCAACACUAGUCCGAAAUCGCAGCGCUGACGGAGCGACAGCUGAAUCUGCCCAAUGUCUGGUCUUAACUGACGGAAGGAACGUAAUCAGCCGCUCUGCUUGCGCACGUCGCGCUAAAAUAACGGCUCAAGGUGUUCAGUCAAAAAGCCCCAGCAUGACACCAAGUCCGACCCUUUUCGGUGAAGCUCUCAACGCAAGUCUGCAGGCCGCUUUGGCGGAGAGCAACAUGAGUUUCUUACAGCGAAGUCAGUCUUCUUCGUCGCAAAGUCCAAUGGAUCGCUCUUCCGGCUUUCAUCAUCAUCAUCACAUGCUGGAUGGACCUUUAGGUCUCGGAGCGAAACGCGUUAAAGUCGAAGCUCUAGACGAAGAGCUAAGCAGCUGCAGCAUGAAAGCGCCUCCGAUCCCAUCCGAAGAGUAUUACUGCCGCAAUCCGGCCGGAGGCAGCAGUUUAGUGGUGGUCAAACAGCAACAACACGAGACUAGCGGGGAUGGUGGAGGCAACCAUUCCAGUGGAACCGACAACGAGGACAACAACGAUGCCUCCUCAACUGAAAACUACGAACCACUUGAUUUCAAAGCUUGGCGAGCCCAACGUUCAGCCAGCAACAACACAUCGACCGCAGCCGCAUCAAACGAUGAGGAAGAUGAGGAGGAUGAUUUCAGCAACACUAUCCCUGGCCGUGCUUCCAUCACGGUGGAAGUGGGUCCUGCUUCGUCCACUCGAUUGAUGGAUGCUAAUUCCGCAACCACGGGUUCCGACUUCAUGACGCAAACUGUCCGCAGCGCUAAAUAAGAAACAUCAUUCACGCCGUCCACGUUGGACAGUUUGCGUUCCUUGUAUACAAAUAUGAGCCGGCAAAAUGGACAGAAUGGUGUUUUAGGAAGGUGAAACAUCAAGUUGGGCAACAGAAUAUCCUCAUCACAAUUCAGGGGCAUCGAAUAAACGCGAGCUGUCCAUCACCUCGAAUUUCGCUAGUCCGUCAUUUUCAUUUCUUGAUGUUCAAAAAUUCAGUGAGCUCUCAUCUAAAGAUUUAUGACGUGGUCGUCUAC